CAGCCUCUCGCGGCGCCCGGGGGCGGGCCGGGGUCGCGGGACCGCUGUCCGCGGGGGUCGCUCUCAGCGUCCGGCGGCCUUGGCGUUUCUCUGGGAAAAGUGCUUCCUUCCGAGUUCCCCUCCCGCCUCCAUUUUCCAUCGAGGCUCUUUUCCCGGUUACUUUGUAAAAGCCCUUUUUCGUGAGCGCGACCAGCCUUUCCCAGAGUCCGCGGGUGUCUGCCUGCUGGAAGCUUGCCGGGGCGCUUCAGCGGGAGACGGCGUGCCGCCUUUUCAGCCGAGCCCUCGGUGUGCUCUGCCUUUGGCGUUUCCUUUCUCAUCAGCUCGGUUCUUUAAGCUACGUGUCUUCUCAAAUUGUCAUUUGACUCCGGUUAUGGUGUUUUGUUCCGUUUUGAGAUGGAAGAUUUCGAGUGUUUAAUGGUCAGGUAUUUACCCUCGAGGCUUUGGGCUUUGUGCUGUGUUUUAAAGGGCUUUCCCUAUUCCAAGAUUAGUUUUUAAAUAAAUUCUUGUUUUUCUCUGGUACUUGUGAAAUGUUGGCUCCAUCUGGAAUCAUUUUGGUGUGGGGCAAGUUGGGAAUCCAGCUUCAGUGUUUUCUCUAAAUCCUGAUAUUUCUGACACAACCUACUGAGUAAUUCAUUUCUCCAUUGAUUUGGAAAAUCACCUUUGUCACGUGUUAAAUUCUCCCAAGUCUUGGGCCCAUUUCUGGGAUUCAUGGUGCUUUGAUGUGCAAAGGUUUUGAUUUUCAUGCGGCAGAUCUGUGGAUCUCUGCCCCCCAGACUUUAUUCAAGUUGUUUUUAUGAUGUGAUUUUAAAAUUUAUCUCCUUCAUUCAUUAGCCGAAUGCGUUCAGUAUAUGAUAUGAAAUGAUCUCAUUUUUUUCUGUCGUUUUUUUUUGUUUUUUUGUCGUAUUUUUUUAAUCUCUGGUUUUGCUUAGCUUUCUGGGAGAUAAGUUGAGCCUUGUGCAAAGGGUUACUUGGACAAGUAACCCUUGUCCAAGUGCCGGUUACUGGACCGUCUUCCCCGGGAUCCGUUUGUUUAUAGACGUGGCCCUGCUCUGCCCCUUCUAGUCCAGGCCCGCUUGGCUCUCGGAACCACGGCUUUGUGGAUACAGUGGGCAGAAUUAGCAUCACAUUUCUAAGGUUUAUUUUAACCUUGUGUCUUGUUGCCAUCUGUGAGUAGAACCUUUUUCCCUGUGUAUUUCCUGACUCCGUGUUGCUGGUAUGUAGAAAAGCUAUCCGCGUGGACGCAUGUUUGUGAUCAUUUACUUCCGAUGGUUGCAGGGUUGUGCUUUGGGCUUAGGGGUGGCUCAGAAGUGCCUCUUUGGAAGGUGAUUCCACCCUGGAGGGUGGGGCUCCGUGGAGAUGAAGAAAGGGGGCAGGCCUUCCAGCAGGAAAACCUGGGGGUGAGGACGGUGAGGAUGAGGGGGGACCCUGGUAGCCACCCACCCCAGACCAGGGACUGGGAGUGUGCCUGUCAUGCCUGUCACUGUGGGCGGGGUCUUUGGAAGGAAGGCUCUUUUACAUCAAGAUCAUCAGCAGUUCCAGCAAGAGCGAUAAGUUACUAAAGCUUAGCUUACAGAACAAAAUAAUAACAAACGUUAAGUCCUAAGCUCUUUGCGUCUCUGCAGUCCCGCUUUUAGUUCCUGUCCCUUAGUCACCACCCGAGUCAUACCUCACUCGGCAGAGUCUCACUGCAGUGUGACCACUGCUGCAGAGAAUGUUGGCCUGUUCUGGUUUGUUUGGGUUAUUCCCUGGCAGGAGUUCCAAAAAACGAAAUUCCUGCAUCUGAAGAAUGACGGUGACCCGUGGGUGGGUGGGUGACUGUUGCGGGCACCCCUGGGGCGGGUGCUUUUUGUACUUGCCGCUGUGUUGGGGCUGGCAUGGCCUCCUUAGGCAGCUCCUCAGAGCCAGUUCUGACCCUCGGUGGUGCUGAUUCCGGCUCUGGGGACCGUCCAAACAGGACUUGUCCUGCCUACCUGUUCGCCCUUCCUGAUGCCUGGAGCUCUGGGCAUCGAGGUGGGGGUGGCCUGGUAAAAGCCAGGUUCAGUGCCCAGGUGGCUCUUGUCCUCCCUGUGGUGUCGGUUAGCGGCCUGCAGUGUUUUUUGCACGUCUUUGCAUCUGGUACAGACUUGUUCCAGGAGACCCAGACCUUAUCUACCAAAGUGCAAGUAAAGAAAAAUGAAAAACUAGUUAGUACCACUUUUAAAAUUUGUUUUCUUUAUUUUUUAUCAGGAUGUAAGUGUCUUAUUCCAUUUGGGCUGCUAUAACAAAGCACCACACACCAGGCAGCCUAUAAAACAACAGACAUUGAUUUCACAGUGUGGAGGCCGGAUGUCCGAGGUCAGGGGGCCAGCAGGGGCGGGUGAGGCCCUCUUCCUGGCUGCAGACUUCCUGUGUCCUCACGUGGAGGAAGGGGCAGGGGAGCUCUGUGGGGUCUCUUAUCAGGGGGACUCCACCUUCAUGACCGAAGCACUCCCAAAGGCCCCACCUCGUAACACCCUCACGUUGGGUAUUAGGAUUUCAACACGUGCAUGUACAAUCGGGGGACGCAGACGUUCAGACCAGGGCAACAAGCAUACUUCAGGAUACUUCACGCUCUUUCCCUUGGGCAGUUUGCAGAGGUCUUUUGCUUUUGUGCUUCUCUGGGACUCACCGCAGGUGGGAAUCUUGUCCCCUUCUCCCUCUCCACCCCUCUGUGCCUCAGGCCUGUUGGCCGCUGGGUUUGAGUUAAUCCCAUCAGGUGACGACGCUUAGUCAAGUGCUCUCACCUGAGAGGAAGUGUGUCAUCUCUCUGUCUUACUGGUGUGGACAAGGGCUCGCACCCCCUCGUGGCCCUGAGGUCAUUGUGAAACAGGAGCAUCGUGGACACACUCCAUAUCCCAUGCUUUUGCUGACCCGUCUGGCCCCCGGGUGCAGCCUGAAUCUUGGUCUUAGCAGGUGCCGGACUGGUGUGUGGAAGGACUGUGGCUUUGGCAGCAGCACCAUCCCAAAGCCUGCUUCUGAAACCACACGACUCACAUGGGAUUCGAACUCAUGGGAUGAGACUCGAACUCACUGUCUUUUAAUUGAAACCACCCACCUAGGCUCAGGACUUAAUGAAGCUCAGGUUCUGUAUGUCAGCGGUCCCUAACCUUUUUGGCACCAGGGACCGGUUUCGUGGGAGACGGUUUUUCCACGGACGGGGUGGGGGGUAUGGUUCAGGCAGUAACGCCAGCGAUGGGGAGCGCCACUCACCUCCUGCUGUGCGGCCCGGCCCGGUCCGGUACCCGCCCGCGGCCUGGGGGUUGGGGACCCCUGCUCUGUGUCUCAGCGCAGAAGGAAUUCAUAGUAAGAGGCAAAGUGAUAGGUGAGAAGUGGAAUUAUUUAGGGAGGUACGCAUUCCUUAGAAUGUUGUCCGUCUCAAAAGGCGAGAGCGGCCCUGAAAUACGGGGUGGUUACUUUUUAUGGGCCGGGUGGUUUCAUAGGCUAACAAGUAGGAGGGUUGUUCCAGCUUUUUCAGGGGAAGGGCAGGGGCCUCGGAACUGUGGGGCCUGUGGGUGUGUCAUUUAGCUGAUGUACUACAGUGAAUAUAUAAUGAGGCUCUGGGGGGCGAGUCUUCCACCAUCUUGGGCGUAGUUGGUUCUAACCAGUUUUUGUCAUAUCUGACAUCUGUGUCGUUCUUUAAGGAUUGUGCUCUGCCCCCUCCCCUCCUGGUUUCACGUCCCUCCCAGGAGGGCGUGCACUGCCUAAAGAUGUAUCUGCUGCACCUAAAUAUACCAGGUGACUUUCUUACCUGAGAAAGAGCGUAUCAGAAACUCCGCUUCCCCAGUGCUGCUGGCGGCACAUGUUCACCUGGCACUUGUUGCUGUUCUGAAGGGUGGAGUGUGGUCUCCUUGCUCCUGUAAUUUCAUACACUUAUUCAGCAAACAUUGAGCCACUGGCUGCUCUGCUGGGGCAGGAAGGGGGGUGUGAGAACGACGAGGCAGAGGACCCCAAGGGGGCUCAGGAGGGGCCUCAGUGAGAGGGUGACAUGGCCAAGCACCAGCCGAGGGGCAGGAGCCACCCCAGCCAAGGGGGGGCCCGGACAGGGCUGAGCAGUCUCAAGAACGGUGUAGGGACGGGGUGAGGGUGGCCUUGGAGCCGAGAACAGUCACUGUGUUCCCAUGGCGGGGCAGGACAGGACGGUCUGCUGAGGGCCCAGGUUCUGGAUCAUAUGCAGGUGCCAGAUCAGCUGGGGCAGAACUGGGUGGAGGGCGGGGUCGGUGUUUGAUGUUAAGUGUCUGAGGUGCUAGAGGACACCCACGUGGAGAUGCCCGGUGGAGGGAAGGAGGUCACCAGUUCAGCACACCAAAGGGAGCCCCUGGACUCCACUGGACAUUCAGGCCUGUGCCGCGGGAAGCAGCUCAGGUCACAGACACGGGCUCGGGCAGGAGCUGGCCUGGCCCAAGGCCUCGUGGCUGGCCACCAGCACCCACUGGGGAGGCUGUGAAUGGGGCGCCUGUGGGCGCUCAUUAUUGGGUCCUGGCCAAGGUAUGGUCAUCCCGUAGUGCAAAUGACUGUCCUCUGCUGGGUUCCCAGAGGACCAGAGCUGUGCCGUUAACAAAGGUCGGUAUCUGCUUUUGGGUGAAUUCUGGGGGUACUUUUAUUCACUCUUUGAAUUCUAAUCGAAGACUCCGGUUGGAAUUCUAAUUAGAGCCAUGUUGCCUUUACACGCACAGACGCACGCGCACCCACGUUUUGGGGGAUGGGCAUUUCCGGUGGACGGAGGGGUGGGCGGUGAGAGCCAGCCUCUCUCCCCGCCAAGGCUCCUGUUACCCAGAGGCAGCCACGGUCACGAGUUCAGUGUGUAUUUUCCUGAAGGUUGUGUGUGUGAACGUGCUCAUCCACUGGGCGUUUUACAAAGAAAGUGAGGUGGUGAGUCCCUGACUUGCUCCCCCAGAGGCCCACGGUGUGAGGGGAAGCGUUCUGCUUGGUGAGGUGCCUGCCUGAGGGGGUUGACCUCAUUCUUGCGUCAUUUUUCCCCGAGCAAUCUGCCUGCUGGGCUUCUGUGUCCCUGUUGCGGACCCUGGACUCGGCCUCCAGAUGAUGUCAGCCCCAUCGCCCUGCCAGGGGAGCUCUUGGCACCCCCCUUCUGUCUGGCAGUUGGCGUGUGACAGAUAGCUUACUUGGCCUGGCAUUUCCCCAGAACCUGCCCACCCUCGGGCCUCCCUGUCAGGUGCUCAAACCAAAUCCCUGGGUCACUCUGGACUCCCACCAGAACCCAACCCCCGCUGGAGCCGCCACCGGGGCAGGACCAGGCGUGGUCGGCAUCGGUGGGCCCACAGGAGGGCUGUGGUCAAGCCAGGCAUGCAGGGCCUGGCAUGGGGUCCCCACAGGAGUGCGGCCCUGGCAGGACUGUCCACGCCCAGCAUCUCUGGAGGCAGCCAGGCCCGGUGCCUCCCUGGAUGACAGCUUGGCUCCUGUGAGGACACGCUCACCCGGGCCUGUGCGCACACUGCAGGCCGUGCCAGUCCCACAGGCUCCUCCGAUUUCCAUCUUCCUCAGAGACCCCAGGGACCAGGUGAUGGCAGCGGCCAGGCUCCUACCGCCACCGGCGGUGCCCCAGGCCAAGGUGACCUUCGAGGACGUGGCCGUGCUCCUCUCCCAGGAGGAGUGGGACCGCCUGGGCCCUGCUCAGCGGGGCCUCUACCGACACGUGAUGAUGGAAACCUAUGGGAACGUGGUCUCCGUGGGAAUUCCAGGAUCCAAGCCCGAGGUGAUCUCACAGCUGGAGCGAGGAGAGGAGCCGUGGGUCCUGGACAAACAGGGAAAUGAGGGGCGCCGGGGCCUGGGCACUGGCCGCUCAGACAACUUCACGUGCGACCACAUGACAGCUUGUGUGCAACAAGACAGCACGUCCUGUCCCUGGGGAUGUGAAAACAAGGAGCAGGACCAGAACAGAGACUUGAGUCUGAGACCGCUCACUUCAGAGGAGAUAUCGAUGAUUCUGAGGAAAACCCCCGCCGAGUGGAGCGAUCAGGGAAGCUAUGAACCCGAGGAGAGCUUCUGUCUGAGUCCCAGCCAUGCUGGCCCCCCUGAAGGCCGGGCCUUGAGUCAGGGCAUGCCUGUCGCUCAGCGACCAGCCGUUCCUGGCGGGGAGAGACCCUACCGGUGCGUGGAGUGUGGGAAGUGCUUUGGGCGGAGCUCCCACCUCCUCCAGCACCAGAGGACCCACACUGGGGAGAGGCCCUACGUGUGCGGCGUGUGCGGCAAGGCCUUCAGCCAGAGCUCGGUCCUCAGCAAGCACAGGAGGAUCCACACGGGCGAGAAGCCCUACGCGUGUCACGAAUGUGGAAAGGCCUUUCGAGUGAGCUCAGAUCUUGCUCAGCAUCACAAGAUACACACAGGGGAGAAGCCACACGAGUGUCUCGAGUGUCGCAAGGCCUUCACGCAGCUCUCCCACCUCCUCCAGCACCAGCGCAUCCACACCGGGGAGAGGCCCUACGUGUGUGGCGUGUGCGGGAAGGCCUUCAACCACAGCACUGUGCUGCGCAGCCAUCGGCGGGUGCACACCGGGGAGAAGCCGCACGCGUGCGCAGAGUGUGGCCGUGCCUUCAGCGUGAAGAGGACGCUGCUCCAGCACCAGCGGGUCCACACCGGGGAGAAACCCUAUGCCUGCGGCGAGUGUGGCCGUGCCUUCAGCGACCGCUCCGUCCUCAUCCAGCACCACAGCGUGCACACGGGCGAGAAGCCCUAUGAGUGCAGCGAGUGCGGCAAGGCCUUCCGGCACCGCUCCACCCUCCUGAACCACGAACGCAUCCACACCGAGGAGAAGCCCUAUGGCUGCUACGCAUGCGGCAAGGCCUUCGUGCAGCACUCCCACCUGACCCAGCACCAGCGGGUCCACACUGGCGAAAAGCCCUACGUGUGCAGCGAAUGUGGCCACGCCUUCAGUGCCCGCAGGUCCCUGGUCCAGCACCAGCGGGUCCACACAGGCGAGAGGCCAUUCCGCUGUGCACAGUGCGACAAGGCCUUCAGCCUGAAGGCCACGCUGAUCGUGCACCUGAGGACCCACACAGGCGAGAGGCCCUACGAGUGUAGCCGCUGUGGCAAGGCCUUCAGCCAGUACUCGGUGCUCGUGCAGCACCAACGCAUCCACACAGGUGAGAGGCCCUAUGAAUGUGGGGAGUGUGGCCGUGCUUUUAACCAGCACGGCCACCUGAUCCAGCACCAGAAGGUGCACAGGAAGCUGUGACCUUGGCCGCACACAAAGCUGCACUUGGGAACUUGGGCACCCACAGCCCCUGGAAGCCUCCAGUACAAGGGAGGUGCCCAUCACCGUCACCAAGUGUCACUGAGAAACUCAAGGGAAGCACUGACACGUCUCUGGAAGAACUUCAGAGGAUGCCUCUUUUGUUUCUCUCAACUUCUUGAGGUUACAUUGCAGAGUAAUUACACAAUUGUAGAGAAUUUUGGUGAAGACAGUUACAAUUCAUUAUUUAACAUUAGUUUAUCAGAAGUGAGGAAGUAAAGGAAGUUACAGCAUAAGGAUUACUGUCAAGGUAAAACUUCCUCACACUCCAAAUAAAGGUUUUUUUCUUAGAACAUUAUAUGCCUUUCCUAAAUUCAAUGACUGUUCUGAUUAUUGCACUUAAAAUUAGAAUGUUGGACAAUAUUUUCAGUGUUCUGUUAAGCACUACAAUGCUGUGUGGAUAAAAUGAUAUAAAAAAGAUUGUCACCAAGUGUCGUAAUGUAUUAUGGCUGAAAAUCCUGUGUGUGUGGAACCACUUGUUUUGUAUGAAAACCGGGUGGCAGGGGGGUGGGGGGGCAGGACUCUAAAGAUUAAUUAGUGAGAAAUGGUGUAAAUUUAGAAAACCAUUUAUCUAGUCCUUUUACUUUUCAAGAUCAGAAGAGAUGUCCUAACUUACUUAUUAGUGAAGAUUCAACUCAAAAAUGGAUCUUUUCCUCAAAACCUGUGCACAGAAAUCAUGGGAUGUCUUGGGCUUCUGGGCCCAUGUAGGCUUAGGAGGCCUCUUCACACUCAGAGCCCAGACCUCACAGCUGCUACACCACAUGGGUGCCUCUUUAUACACUAUGGUGUUUCCCAAAAAUAGUGUUACUAAAAAGACAGUUCUUUGGCACAUACUUUUAAAACAAUAUUCUCAAAUAGCUUUUUGUUUACUCUUUCUGAUAUUUCUAUUCCUAUGACUGAGGGUUUUCUUUCAUUUUUUACUCCCAGUUCCAAGAGUCUAGUAUUCAUUGUCGUGUACUGUGAUUAAUCUAGUUUAUCCAUAAUUUUUAAAAGUUUUUUUCUCUCUAUUGAGAACAUAUCAGCUUCUCAGGAAAAAUCAAGGACCAGAGUGUUGAUCCUUUUUUUUUUUUUUUUUUGGCUCUGUUGGGUCUUCAUUGCUGCACGUGUGCUUUUCUCUAGUUGUGGUGUGCGGGCUUCUCAUUGCAGAGCACAGGCACCAGGCGCACAGACUUCAGUAGUUGUGGCACACGGGCUCAGUAGCUGUAGCUCUUGGGCUCUAUAGCGCAGGCUCAGUAGUUGUGGCACACAGGCUUAGUUGCUCCGCGGCAUGUGGGAUCUUCUCAGACCAGGGCUCGAACCCAUGUCCCCUGCAUUGGCAGGUGGAUUCUUAACCACUGCGCCACCAGGGAAGUCCUAGAGUGUUGAUCCUUAGGUCUGUAGCAAUCACUGAUGCAGGUGAAAGCUUGUUUUCCCCUCUCUGCAGACACUGCUGAGAGGAGCUUACAUCACUCAGGUGUAACAUGAGAGAGGAACUGAGAUCACAGGGAAGCUACCAAGCUUUUUGACAGUCCAUGACUGGCAUCUGACUCCCGCUGCUACUCAGAGCUGAGCCCACCACUACUCAGGACACAAUUCCUAAUCGUGUGGAAGUUAGAGUAAGAAACAGUCAUGUUCCAAGACAAGGCUGCCCACUCUCACCACCUCUAUUCAACGUAGUACUGGAAGUCCUCGCCACAGCAAUCAGACAAGAAAAAGAAAUAAAAGGCAUCCAAAUUGGAAGGGAAGAGGUAAAGUUGCCAUUAUUUGCAGAUGAUGUGAAUACUAUUGGGUGGGCCAAAAUGUUCAUUCGGCUCUUUCUUUAAGAUGGCUCAGUAGCACUUAAUUGUCUUUAACUUCAUUAAAAGCAAUUUUGUUAGACUGUAUGUGACAGCUGUCAUAUCAGCAUGCAUAUAAAAAAAGACGUACCAAAAGUCUUGAAUUUCUGUGUAGCCAUUUUAAUAUCGAAGAUGGAAGAAAGAGCAACAUUUUCAGCAUAUUAUGCUUUACUAUUUCAAAAAGGGUAAAAACGCAACCUAAAUGCAAAAAAAGACUUGUGCAGUGUAUGGAGAAGGUGCUGUGAAGGACCAAGCGUGUCAAAAGUGGUUUGUGAAGUCUUGUACUGGAGAUUUCUCGCUGGACAAUGCUCCGUGGUCGGGUAGACCAGUUGAAGUUGAUAGUGAUCAAAUAGAGAACAUUAACUGAGAACAAUCAACGUUAUACCACACGAGAGAUAGCUGACAUACUCAAAAUAUCCAAAUCAAGCGUUGAAAAUCACUUGCACCAGCUUGGUUAUGUUCAUCACUUUGAUGUUUGCGUUCCACAUAAGUUAAGUGGAGAAAACCUUCUUGACCAUAUUUCCCAUGCGAUUCUCUACUUAAACAUAAUGAAAAUGUUCCUUUUUUUUUU